CGCCAAUAGCCAAAGAGGCAAGAGAACCCCUCUGCUUCUUCCUUCUUCGCUUCCGUAGAUAGAGACUGAGAGAGGGGAACGAUGGUUCGCUUCAGCAAUAACCUUAUCGGGUUCCUGAACAUCAUCACCUUGUUGCUGUCGAUCCCCAUCCUGAGUGGAGGGAUCUGGCUGGGGCGGCGCGCCUCCACCGAUUGCGAGAAGUUCCUGCAGGGCCCCAUCAUCGCCAUCGGCGUCUUCCUACUCCUCGUGUCCAUCGUAGGAAUCGUCGGCGCUUGCUGCCGCAACUCCUGCCUCCUUUGGAUCUACCUCCUCGUAAUGUUCAUCCUCAUCAUCCUCCUUUUUUGCUUCACCAUCUUCGCCUUUGUCGUCACCAAUAAGGGCGCCGGGGAUGCGGUAUCUGGACGCGGGUUCAAGGAGUACCGCCUUGGUGACUACUCCAACUGGCUGCAGAAGAGGAUGGAGAACUCCAAGAACUGGCGGCGGAUUAGGAGUUGCAUCCAGGAUAGUGAUGUCUGCCAAAGCCUUCAAAAGAACGAGUCGUUCAACCAGUUCGUGAAUAAUAACCUCUCUCCUAUCCAGUCUGGAUGCUGCAAGCCUCCUACAGAUUGCAACUUCACAUACGUGAAUGAGACAUACUGGAAUAAACCUGCCGGCUUCACUUCAAGUGAUAUUCAAGACUGCAAUACGUGGAGUAACGACCAGUCUGCCCUGUGCUAUGACUGCCAAUCUUGCAGAGCCGGAGUCCUUGCAAACAUCAAGAAUGAUUGGAAGAAGGUUGCUAUAGUUAAUAUCAUUUUCCUGAUCUUUCUCAUCAUCGUGUACUCGAUUGGAUGCUGUGCCUUCAGGAACAACAGGAAGGACAAUUCUUACACAGGAUACAACAAAGCAUACCCUUGAAGAAUCUGGUUUAAGAGGAGACUGAAGAAGAAGGCAAAGAGUAUAGCAACAUGAUCAAGAGAGUCCAGUUGACCUUUGAUAUCUCCAUAAUUGAGAUACGCCAUUAAUAAAUGCUUUAGGAGAAGAUCGAGACGACCUUCUGUGUGGCCAUUGCAGAUGGCAAGAACCACACGAAUUUAUCAGUGCCAUUAGUCACCGACAAUCCACAGGCAUGGUGUGGUGCUAAGAAGUUCCACAUUUCUCUCAAAUAGUGUGGGUUCAAUUUUUACUUGGUAUGUGAAAUGUGAGUUGGAAUCGU